ACCACCCCCAACUCGUGUAUUUUCAUUUACACAAACAAUCGAUAGCACUCCCUCUUUCUUCCGUAUAUAAUCUACAUAAUGCGAUCAUCCUCACUUUUAUUCCUUCUUCUCCUUUGACCUACUCGCCUCUCCUCGAUCUUCCUCCACCUACGUUUUCUUGUUCACCCACAAGCCCGCUCAUACACUUAAAAAAAACACACAGUGAAAAUAAUGCUCGGUUGCCAAUCCGUCCGUCUUAUCCAUCUUCUCUGGAGCUCGCAGACUCCUUCCGGCGAGCAAGAGAAGCUCACCAUCAAUGAUGCCCUCUCAGUCUCUCGGUACUCGAGCAGACGCAAAAUUGAAGUCUCUGCUGUCCCCGACCAGUCAUCUCCAGCACAUCCGAUCGAGCCCCCUGCCUCUGCUUGGCCUGCAAAAAGAAGAAUUGCGCCAAUGGCCAUGCUCUCCCCUGUUUCGAUAUUCUCGAUGCCUGCACUCACCAGUAGCUUACGAUCCUCAAACGGAAGCUCUCCCAUCUCCCCAUUCUCGAUUAAAGAGCGAGGAUUAGGUGCCGAUGUUGGUCUUUCUAAAAGAGAAAAGGCCCUGUUUGCUUCGCCUACGCAAUUGGACAUCGAAAGCAGGAGCGGACAAGUCGCAGAAAUUGGUGCACCCUUGACGCCAAUUUCCGUGGACGUCUUAAAAGAAGAACAAGAGAAAAAACAAGAAAUGGAAAUGGAGACGAACGUGAAUGCGUUAGAGGUCAAGUCUGCGCCGCAAUAUGUCGCCCACAUGUUCAAAUGGAAGCAAGGCGGUAACUUCGUCAAGGUCACUGGCACCUUUGACAAAUGGGAAAGAAACCAUCGUUAUGAAGAAAUCUCUCCACAGCCCGGACCAUUUCGAGAGUAUCGUGAGCCUAGACCGCUCCCAAAAUAUUCAAUUCAAGUUCAUUGUCGAUGGCCAGUGGAGAUGCACGGAUGAAUUUGGUACAGGGUACGAUACAGUUGGUCAUUUGAACAAUGUCCUGCCGGCCAUUUGAGUCGUGAUCACCAUCGUGCCCUAGCCAGGCGUAACAACCAUAUUCCUAUAUACCCUUUCUUCCUCAGAGGAACAUGCAUCCACACAUGAACGUAAUAAAAUCGUUUCUAUAUUGUUC